GGAAUAUGCAUUUAGAACUCGCACUUACAUUUAGUGGAGACUUACUUUCUGACAUUGGAAUAAACUAACUGCACAGAAAGAAGACUUGACGUAGAAGCCUGAGUCGUGCCAGUUGGGGGCUUCCCUGUGAAGUGUCCGUAAACCCUCAAGAGCUUCGAAUUCUGUCUUGAGAGAAGGAGGACCACAAGGUUUUAGAGCAGCAUCUCAGACAUGUUGAGAAAGAUGUUCUGAUCCCAAAGAUAAUGAGAGAAAAGGCCAGAGAAAGGUGUUCGGAACAAGUUGAAGAUUUUACCAGAUGUUGCAAGGACUCCGGGAUCCUUAUGGUAUUAAAAUGCCGGAAAGAGAACUCUGCAUUAAAAGACUGUCUAACUGCUUACUAUAAUGAUCCAGCCUUCUAUGAAGAAUGCAAACUGGAGUAUCUCAAGGAAAGGGAAGAAUUCAGAAAAACUGGAGUUCCUACCAAGAAAAGGCUACAGAAGCUUCCUACAAACAUGUAGGCAAAUAGUUCAUCAGGAAGUCCCAUCUUAUGGAAGCCAGUUAUCAUGUAAACCAGAAAUGAUGGACUGAAACAAUGUUUGCUCACCCUGAUCAUGAAAAUACUGAUUUUUUUAAUGAAAUAAAAAUAUUUAUUUCAGAGCUCUGGUUUAUUAAAUAUGAAAUAGGGGAAAAAUAAAUAUAUUGUUCUCCUGGCCUUACCCCAAGUUCUAUAACUGACUGCAAUCACAGUGCUGUUGUAGAGUUUCAUGUGUACAUUUCUUUCUGAUCGUGCAGGCUGAUGGCUAGUGUGGGAUGAAAGGACUAAAGCAAAGGAAGGAUGGACCGAUGUCAACACUGCUAAUGACAGCUGUGAACCAGAGCCUUCUUCACUCUACCCCUUAGUGUGCCACUGUGGCCAGUAGUCUGUUACGGCCAUAACUUAGCCAGCACUGCCAUCAGCGGCUUAUGUGAAAUCAGAUGAGAUCUGGUGAAUUAUUUUACUGAAACCUUUGACAGAAAAGUUUCUGCAUUGCUUCUUGACCUUUUGAACUUGGCUACUGAAAAUACUGUAUAAUCUUGGAUUUUAAGAAGUUGGCAUUGUUAAGUGUGAACUUCUGUUUUGUAAUAUUGGGGAUUUGGGAAGAACUGUGGUAAGUUUCUGUUCUAGUGUGUUACCCUAGUCUGAGCUUUUUAUAUUAAAAACUUCAUUAAAAAAACAGGAAGACCAAGAUUUAACUUUGGCUCCAGUCCUAUGAAAAAAAUUUUUUUCUCAUUUCAAAUGAAAUGAACCUAGUCAAUGAGUGCAUGUUCAAGCUUCGCAGUGUAUUCACCAAAGAAUGACUUUACUUUUGUUCGAAACUCAAAAGAACCCAUUCUCCCAAACCCCAGAUCAACAAAAGGUGAGCAGAGGCCAAGCAGCGCAAACUCAGUAAGAGACUGCAGCAGGGGAGAUGGCCAAGCAGUCCCUGUGGCAUUGGCACAUUUCUAUUGGACAGGGCUACAGUUGUUUUCAGUGACUCAAAGAAAAGGCACAGUUACUACAAGAAGCCAGUAACAUAGUAACAAGAUUUCUGUUGUGUGUCUGGCAACCAGCAGGUAUGAGUAGGUUCCCGUUCACCUCUUGCCUGACCAGUGUACCUGCUGCAGAUGU